GCACCCCAACACCCAUUCACAGAUGGCUGCAGCGGAGGACAACUCAGGGAGCUCAGUGUGAGCCGGUGCCCAGACCUCCACAGACCCUCCAAACACCGCUGCCAAACUGCCCACUUUUUCUCUGCCUCCAUCGGUUUCUCUGAUCCUCUUUUUUACCCGGCUCCACCGUUGCCUGUCCUGACGGAAGCCGAAGCCCACAGCGCCGCACCGAGAGAAGAGGUGGUGAUGUCACCCUCUCUGCCCUGGUUGCUGCUGCUCUGUGGACUCUACAGUCUCCAGGCUCAGGAGGACGACGAGGACUAUGACGAGAGGACCGUUAGCAGGAAAGCUAAAAACAAGCCACUGACAACCAACGCCAUACCGGUGCUAGAAGACUGCAGCCUGGAGCUGGCGUUUCUGGUUGACAGCUCUGAGAGUGCAAAAGACAACCACGCCCAGGAGAAGAGGUUCACCACAGAUGUGGUUGACCGUCUGCCGGGCAUCCAGCUCCAGACAGGCCGGGGUCUCAGCUCACGGGCCGCCCUCCUGCAGUACAGUAGCCACGUAAUCAUCGAGCAGACCUUCAAGGAGUGGCGCGGCGUGGCGAAUUUCAAGUCCCGCAUUGCGCCGGUCGCAUACAUCGGCCACGGCACCUACACCACCUACGCCAUCACCAACCUGACCAAGAUGUACCUGGAGGAGUCGGGCCCGGGAAGCAUCAAGGUGGCCAUAAUGCUAACGGACGGCGUGUCGCACCCUAGAAACCCGGACAUCUUCUCCGCAUUGGCUGACGCCAAGAACCAGGGUGUGAGGUUCUUCAUGGUGGGCAUCACACCCGCGGCCAACGAGGCCACGAACGUGGCUCAGCUCCGGCUGCUGGCCAGCUCCCCGCCCAAUCGCUACCUCCAUAACCUGCAAGACAGGGGCAUCGUGGACAAGGUCAUCAAGGAAAUCACGGAGCUGGCGGAUGAGGGGUGUCCUCUGGCCCAGAAGUGUGCGUGCGAGAAGGGAGAGCGAGGACCAGGAGGCCCUGCGGGCAAGAAGGGUCGCCCUGGCGAUGAUGGAAACCCAGGUGUUAAAGGAUCGAAGGGUGAAAGCGGGCUGAGUGGACUUCCUGGGCGAGAUGGGAUAGAGGGAAAGCCUGGAUACAAAGGAGAGCAGGGGGACAGAGGAGAAUGUGGCAUGCCUGGAAUUAAAGGAGACAGGGGCCCGGAGGGGCCCGUUGGCACCAGGGGAAACCGAGGGCUGCAGGGGUUACCCGGUCCAAACGGGGACGUCGGCCCGGAGGGUCCCCCUGGGAAGAAAGGUGAGCGGGGAAUUUCUGGACCACCUGGAAUCCAAGGGGAAAAUGGAAUCGGUCUUCCUGGACCAAAGGGUGAUGUGGGUUUCCAGGGGCGACAUGGACCUCCAGGGUCACCGGGCUUAGGGGAACCUGGACUACCGGGGCCUCAAGGUCCGCAGGGGGUCCAGGGAGAGAAGGGCCCUCCGGGCGAAGGCUUCGCCGGACCCAAGGGGGACCGAGGCCUGGAGGGACCUAGGGGGCCCAGGGGACAGCCCGGCGCUGGAAUCAAAGGAGACAAGGGGGAGUUUGGCACGCCGGGUUUUCCGGGGCCCAUAGGCCGGCCCGGGCAGGGAAUCCAGGGAGAGAAGGGUGUGGAGGGCCCUCGGGGGCCACCGGGGGGCAGGGGGCCACCAGGAGACGGAUACCCCGGGCCCAAGGGUGACCAGGGAUUACCAGGGGAGAUCGGUUCAACAGGGGAGAGAGGGGCAGGUGAACCCGGAGCUAAGGGCGAGCCAGGCUCAUCCGGAUUGGCUGGAUUCCCCGGUCUCCCAGGUGAAGACGGGGCCCCGGGACAGAAGGGCGAGACGGGUGCUGCCGGUCUGAGGGGGCCAGAGGGAACCCCAGGCAUCGGCAUCCAGGGCGAGAAGGGCGACCAGGGUCAGAGAGGUAUACGAGGCCUGGCCGGGCCUCCUGGGAUCGCGGGGCCUUCUGGAUCAAAGGGGGAGCCUGGGGUGCCAGGUCGACUGGGCAUGCCUGGACUGCCGGGGCGGGGCAUCGUGGGACCCAAGGGCGAUCUCGGCCCCCCAGGCCCACCUGGAGCUUUGGGGGAGACGGGAUACGGGCUGCCCGGGCCCAAGGGUGACCGUGGAGACCCUGGACCGUCGGGUCCAUUCGGGCCCAAAGGGGAGGGUUUUCCAGGCCCUAUGGGAACCCCUGGCUUACCGGGGCCUUCGGGGGAACCAGGCCCGGAGGGACAGGGAGUCCAGGGACCAAAGGGUGAAGUUGGCUUCAGGGGCUUGCCGGGUUUGCCAGGUCCCCCAGGCGAAGGAAUUCAAGGACUUCCGGGUGGUGUUGGACGGCCAGGACCCCCAGGGCCGACAGGUCCCCCGGGACAGGGCAUACAAGGGCCCAAGGGCGAGGCGGGGUCUCAAGGUGUGACAGGCCCUCGGGGACCACCAGGGGAAGGAUUUUCAGGGGCCAAGGGUGACCGUGGCUCCGGAGGGGAGAGGGGCCUGAAGGGCAUCAAAGGUGAUUUGGGCGAUCCCGGUGUUCCAGGACAAUCAGGCAGACCAGGAAUUAAAGGGGAGAUGGGACUCACAAGAGAAGACAUAAUUAAAAUGAUCAAGGAGAUUUGCGGCUGUGGCAUCAAAUGCAAGGAGCGGCCCAUGGAGCUUGUGUUCGUCAUCGACAGCUCGGAGAGCGUGGGCCCCGAGAACUUUGAAAUCGUCAAGGACUUCGUGACGGCCCUGGUGGACCGUGUGACAGUGGGUCGCAACGCCACGCGCAUCGGCCUGGUUCUCUACAGCCUGGAGGUCCAGCUGGUGUUCGACCUGGCGCGCUACUUGACCAAGCAGGACGUCAAACAGGCCAUACGCAAGAUCCUUUACAUGGGGGAGGGCACCAACACGGCCACCGCCAUUCGCAGGGCCACCCAGGAUGCCUUCCACAGCGCCCGCACCGGGGUCAGUAAGGUGGCCAUAGUCAUCACGGACGGACAGACGGACAAGAGAGAGCCGCUGAAGCUGGAGAUCGCGGUGCGGGAGGCGCAUGCGGCCAACAUCGAGAUGUACGCCCUGGGGAUCGUGAACAGCUCCGACCCGACGCAGUCCGAGUUCCUGAGGGAGCUCAACCUGAUCGCCUCAGACCCCGACGCGGAGCACAUGUACCUCAUCGAUGACUUCAACACUCUGCCAGCCCUGGAGUCCAAACUAGUCAGCCAGUUCUGUGAAGAUGAGAACGGCGCGCUGAUAUACAACCGUCUCACCAACGGCUUCGCUAACAACGGCCACAGGAAUGGGAAUAACUGGAACCAAGGCAACGGGAACCAUGGCAACGGCUACGCCACCACCACCACCACCAACCGCGUGGACUUCAACGGCGGGAGACAAACUGGCACCGGCGCUGACACAGAGACGUACGGUCAGGGCGGCAGGAUCGACAUAACCCAGCCCGUCAACCCUGGCUCGACAGCAGUACAGACAGGGCCGCGUGACGGAGUGCAGAAGGGAGGUCGUCUCUCCCCGGACUGGGCGACGGGUCGCGUGGACACGCCCACGAUAAACCGCAACUCGUCCUCCUCCUCCGAGGAAUCGUCGUCCUCCAGUACCGCAGGGUCUUCUUCCUCCUCAUCGUCGUCCUCCUCGUCGGGAACGUCUUCGUCCUCAGGCUCGGUCCAGGUGGUGACCGCACUACGACCGGCUCUCCCGAAAGAAUUCGCCCCCCUGGAUCCUCGCUGUGCUCUGGUCCUGGACCAGGGCCCGUGCCGGGACUACAACAUCCGCUGGUACUACGACAAGCAGGCCAACGCCUGUGCCCAGUUCUGGUACGGAGGGUGUGAGGGGAACCAGAACCGUUUUGACACAGAGGAGGAGUGCCAGCGGACAUGCGUGGUGAGCAGAGACGCUUCUGUGUAGCUCGCCUUCAUCGAUAGCGCUCCGUUUGUUGGGUAUUGAGGAUUGUUUUUGUGUGAACAUUUGACAAGUCCUGUUUAAAGCAGGCAUAGAAUUUGUGUCCCCACUGGCUGUUUUCUCACUCGCUGAGAAACAAAUAGACACUUGUCAGUUGCUGAACUGAUGUUACAUGGCUCCAUCUAUUUCAAAAUGGAAGGAAACUUAUUGAACGUAGUGGAUAAAUGCUCCUUUGACACUCCCAACCCCGUAGUUUCCAUCACCAACCUAAUCAAACUCUAAGCACUUAUUACACAUGUCCCUAUACUAAUUCCAGUCAUGGAGUUGAAUUUUCACUUUACCUACAAUUUUGUUAUGUUUCAUGAAUGUAUUUUUCAUUCAAUCUGGUGGGAUAGGGUUAGGGUUAUCAUAUUCUUUAAUGAAACAGUCUCCAGGGGUCCACAAACGUUUUCCACACGAGCCACUGUUUUACGUUCAGUGAAUUUAGCCAGGGCAUCCAACUUCCACCAGGUGUGAACAUAUUGGGAAUAUGUCCUUGAAGUUUGCAUUGUGGGUAAGGUUUGCAUUGAGGGCCUAUUAUAUUAAUACAAUUUAAAUACACAUGUAAUUACUCAUGACAUAUAUCUAUAUCUUUGAAUCAAAAUGAAUAAUCAAGUCAGGCAUGGUCCAGGGAAGCUUAGGAGCGCCAUUUCAAAGGACCAUCCCCUAGGUUUGUAAUCCUUGAUGUACUCUAUCUCAGGUAUGUAGUCAAGAAAUAGUAGAAAGUACAGCAUACUAUACUAGACACUGUUUAAUUAAAUAUAUUCCACUUACCGUGUCAGAACAGGUCUUUAACCGUUUUAAUAGCAUCUGUUGAUUAUGUAUUUGUGUCUCACCUCAACUGCCUCCAGCCAAUCACUGAUUUAUAUUGUUAACGUAGCCAUUAUAACUUCUUUGUUCACACUGAGGAAUAAAAACAUUGGUGACAUGAUAUUUUCCUACAGUAAUGUUAUUCAUGUUGCCUGUGACCCCGGAUUAACACAUUUACAGAAACUACGAGCAAAUAACGUCACAGCCAAGAAGAACCAAUGUUGAAUUAACUCGGUAUACUGUCCGUAAACGGCGCUAACAAUUUAUAGAAGUGAAAAAUCUACACGUUUAUUACGCGUUCUGACAGUUUUAAGGGGGUCAUGGUUUUGUCUUAAAUUUUUCGGGAUAUUUCAGCGCAUUUUGUUGUUGUUUUUUUUAAUCUAUGUUUAUACUAAUACAUUUUUUGUUAAUGUUUGUCUGAUUUGGUGAAGUGUAUCACGGCAGAACCUAAGUAGACAGUUUUCCACGUGACAGUAGACAAUGUCACCCCGGUUUAAGGUGGCUGCAGGGUGAUAGUGCCCUCUACUGGUGGAAAGUAGCCUUGCCUCAUAGUGUCUUCUCUGGCGUGCACGUUUCUACUGAAGACAAGUGCACUCAUGUUUGAAUAGAGAUCACGCUUAGACUUGUCUUUUAUUUUCAGCUAUGAGCAUUUCUUUGUUUUGAGAUGACACCCACAUAUAAAACGUUUAUAGUACAGAUACUGUCUCUGACACACAAACGUUUCAUGCUCUGACUAAAGGACUUUUCACAGAUGGUAAUUCCAUGUCGCUGAAUGUAACUAAACUGCCUAACCUUUAAAUUAAUACAAGGUUGAUUACUGACUUUCUGUGGUAUUGGUUGUUUCUUGACUCUGGCAUCGUUAAAAUAACAACUUUCCUGUUUUAUUUAACUGUUAUUUAAUAAGAAAACAUAUGUACAUCUUUUCACACUGUCUGAUAUCUGUUUGUAUUCAUUGUAAUAACCCUUGGGACUAGCAGAUUGUCUUGACCCACUGAUGUGUAUCAGUGUAGUGCCAUGUUUUCAGGAUUUAGAGAUAUCUUAUUCUUUCACAUUUAACAGUGAACAUAUUUUAUAGAUAAAAACAAAAAAAAGUUAUUAAAAAACAUUAUUUUACCAAUAGAAU